AAGAAGUGUCUUUUCCGGUCUCCACCGGAUGUUGUGCGGUUCCUGAGGACCUGAGUGCGUGAAGAAUGGACAAAAUGGAGAACACGUAUAGAAUGACAGACAGAGACAUCAGACUGAUGAUACAGCUUCGUGCCGCUAACGCCGACGUCUUCACCGGACGAAAGAACUCUGCCAUGAGAGGCUGGAGGGCCAUCAGGAAGGAGAUGGGGAUCCAGGGAGCGCUGACCCCCCAGCAACUGAAGAAGAAGUGGGACAACCUGAAAGACAAGUACCGGGCCCUGAAGAACCCUCCGGUGGGCAUGGAGACCCAGACCAACUCGUGGCGCUGGUUCCACCUGAUGGACGAGGCCAUGAGCGGCGCCCGCCCGUCCCUGCUGAGUGAGGACGCCGCCGCCAUCGCGCUCCUCCUUCCUAAAACAGAAGGGGGUUCUCCUGGACCGGGGCCGGGGUCGAGGGCUCUGGGGGGCGUCGGCACGCUCAGCGGGAUCGAGGCCGAGAGCAGAACCGGGUCACCUGUUCAGUUCUCAGCCAUACCAGACAGAGUCCACGUGAGUCCACCCGCCAGGAACGAGAGCCAGACCGCCUUACUGUACGCCGCCCACGUGCCCGACGAGGCGCCCCCGCCCCCCUCCUGCUCCGCCAGGGAGGACGGCGCCGCCUGCAGGAGGCUGGAGGCGCUGCAGAGGGAGUGGAGGGCUCUGGAGGCGGAGCAGGCCGAGUUCGAUGGAGAGCUGAUCGCUCUGGAGCGAGACCGGGAGCUGCUGAGCAGAGACACGGCCGCUCUGGAGAGAGACCGGGUGCUUCUGGAGAGAGACCGGGAGGUUCUGGAUCGAGACCGAGUGGUUCUGGAUCGAGAUCGGGCCUUUCUGGACCGAGACCGGGCGUUCCUGGACCGGGACCGAGUGUUCCUGGAGAGGGCCAGGGAGGAUUUAGAGAGGGAGAGAGCACUGCUGAGAAAAGAGAGGGAGGGGCCGGCGGGGAGGACCACGGAGAAGGAGGUGGUGCUGCAGACCAGGUUCUACCAGAGACUGAUGGACCUGGACCCAGACCAGCUGGAAGGCAGACAGAGACUGGUGGACCUGGACCCAGACCAGCUGGAAGGCAGACAGAGACUGGUGGACCUGGAUCCAGACCAGCUGGAGAGCAGACAGAGACUGGUGGGCUUGUUCCAGAGGCUGGUGGAGAAGCUGUGAGUGGAGGAAGAGAGGAAGAGAGGAAGACAUGAAGAGAGGAAGAGAGGAUGAAGAGAGGAAGACAUGAAGAGAGGAAGA